GGGAGGAGCCGGCCUGGGCGCAGCACGGGACCGAGAGAGGCCGGGCGGCUCGACUCGGCCGUCCGGGCUAAGUUGAACGCUGUGUUGCGUCCUCCUCGCUCUUCUCCGCCUCAGCCCGCGGCAUGGCCGAGGAGCUACUCUCAUUCCGGGCCUUCCAGGGCAGCUGCCCCGCCGGCUAUGGCUACGGAGGAGAGCUGCGCGGCCUACGGGAGCGCGAGUUCCCCCGGCUCCGAGGGAUAACUUACCUUGACCAUGCAGGUUCAACACUUUUCCCCGAGAGUCUACUUAAAGCUUUUACAGAUGACCUCAGAAACAACGUUUAUGGCAACCCUCAUAGUCAGAAUAUUAGCAGCAAACUGACAUACGACACAAUCGAGCAUGUCCGAUACAGAAUAUUACAACAUUUUCACACUACAUCUGAAGAUUAUACUGUCAUUUUUACAUCUGGAUGCACAGCUGCACUUAAACUGGUAGCAGAAGUAUUCCCAUGGGUACCUGAAGGCACAGAGCAACUGAGUAGUCGAUUCUGUUACCUAACCGACAGCCACACAUCUGUGGUGGGUAUGAGGGGCAUAACUGCCUCAAUGAAUGUAUUAUCUGUUCCAGUAAAACCAAAGGAUAAAUUGUUAUUGGAGAAAGACUGGUUACCAGAUGAAGAACAAAACUGCACGACGCCUCAUCUUUUCUCUUAUCCAGCUCAAAGCAAUUUUUCCGGUACCAAAUAUCCCCUUUCAUGGAUACAAGACAUAAAAUCUGGAAAACUCUGCCCUGUCAAAAUACCAGGGAAGUGGUUUGUUCUAUUAGAUGCAGCCUCAUAUGUGAGCAGUUCUCCAUUAGACUUGGGAGUUCACCAAGCUGACUUUAUCCCCAUCUCAUUCUAUAAAAUCUUUGGAUUCCCUACUGGUUUAGGAGCAUUACUGGUAAACAACCGGAUUGCCCCCCUCUUGAGGAAAACCUAUUUUGGAGGUGGAACUGCAGCUGCAUACCUUGCAGGAGAAGACUUUUACUUCCCAAAGAAGUCUAUAGCAGAAAGGUUUGAAGACGGCACAGUCUCUUUUCUUGAUAUCAUUGCUUUGAAACAUGGAUUUGAUAUUCUGGAAAAACUCACAGGUGGAAUGGAGAAAAUAAAACAACAUACUUUUGCAUUAGCUCAUUACACCUAUACUGUGCUGUCUACCUUAAAAUAUGCCAAUGGGGCACCUGUAGUACGUCUUUACAAUGACACAGAUUUCAGCAAUCCAGAUGUCCAGGGUCCAAUCAUUAAUUUUAAUGUGCUCGAUGAAAGUGGAGAAGUGAUCGGCUUUUCACAGGUGGAAAAGAUGGCCAGCCUCUACAACAUACAUGUCCGCACGGGUUGCUUCUGUAACACAGGAGCCUGCCAGAUGUAUUUGGGUAUAAGCGAUGAGGACAUCCAAAAGAACCUGCAGGCUGGCCAUGUCUGUGGAGAUGAUAUAGACCUAAUUGAUGGACGUCCCACUGGUUCUGUGAGAAUAUCCUUUGGUUAUAUGUCUUCCUUUGAAGAUGCGCAGACUUUUUUGAAAUUCAUCAUAGCCACAAGGUUCUCCAAGUCAGACACUGGGAUUCCCUUUCAAUCCUCUGCUACGCAGCUGACAACAGAACCUGCCCCAGAUGACCACUCUUACUUUAACAGCACUGAUAAAUUGUCUCCAAGAACGCACAUCACAGAUAGGAAACACAGGAAUAAUCCAUCUGAAACAGAAAGGACUGUUGGUUGGCAGACACUGGAGUCUGAGUCGGAAAGCAUAAGGGCAGCUCUGUCUGAGGUUGCUGUGCCUAAGAUUAAAAGGGGUGGCAAGCCCAUUACUGUCACCAACAUUUACCUGUAUCCAAUCAAAUCUUGCUCUGCAUUUGAGGUUACAGAGUGGCCGGUAGGAAACCGAGGUUUGCUGUAUGACCGUAAUUGGAUGGUUGUAAAUCAGAAUGGAGUGUGCAUAACUCAGAAGCAGGAGCCGAAGUUGUGUCUUAUAAAUCCCUCAAUUGAUCUGAAGCAAAAGAUUAUGGUUAUUCAAGCAGAAGGCAUGGAUCCAAUAUCUGUAUCACUAGAAGAAAAUAUUGGAAAAGAGGCUGUGAUCUUUGAGAGUAAAGUCUGUUCACACAGGGUGAAAACAUACGACUGUGGAGAAAGAACUGCUGGCUGGUUCUCUACAUUUCUUGGUCGUCCAUGUCGCUUGAUAAGACAAAGUCCAGACAGAAAAAAUGACACACAACACAAAAAUACAAAAGGUCUGACGUGUGCUACAAGCAUCUCGCUCUCUCUUGUGAAUGAAGCUCAAUACCUCCUGAUAAAUGCAGCCAGCAUCCUGCAGCUGAAAGAACAUGUUUCUCCAAGAUUGAAAGAGCCAUUGGAAAUAGAGGAACUAAUCCGACGUUUCCGUGCCAACAUUGUCAUCAGUGCACCAGAAUCCUUUGAAGAAGAAGAGUGGGCUGAGAUCUCAAUAGGUUCUCUGCAAUUCCAGGUUGUGGGUCCGUGUACCAGAUGUCAAGUAAUCUGCAUUGAUCAACAGUCUGGGGAACGAAACAAAGAAUUUCUGCAGUCUCUGUCUGCUGCCAGGGGUAAAAAGACAAACUUUGGCAUAUACCUGAUGAAUCAGCCCUUGUGCUCAUCCUUUCCAGAUAUUUUAUCAGUUGGAUCUGAAGUACUUCCAAUGUUGAAGGAGAAUACAGAAAUUCAACAUCCAACAUUCAAUGAAGAAAAAUGUUCAGGAUAGAUUUCCUGGCUGAGAAGAGAUGCAUAUGCAACUUAAAAAAAACAAGUCACUAGUCAGUAAUUCAAAAAGAAAGAAAAAUCUUUCACACAUUUGCUUCUGGUUUCAGUCUUAAUUUUCUGCUUGCAGCAAACAUUAUCAGAUGGCGGUACUCUUGAUAAUUACACCUCACCUACAUGUUUUUGCUUGUGAUUUGGUUACAGCAGCCAUAACUCUAUUUUGCUCAAUUGCUUCAGGAUGCAACAGGCUUGAUCAAGUCUUAAUAGUGGAUGACUCCCAAAACAAGUCCAACAGUGUUGUCAGAAACCCACAUCUCAAUGCAGGAAGGUAAACACAAAAAUACCCUAUUUCCUUAUGCUGCUUUGUUAAAACCACACUUGGGAGAGAGGACACAGGCUGUGCUUUGUGAACAGUGUGGGUGGGGAGGGGAUAGCAGAAGAGUGGUGAGAGAGCAGCAGUCCUUUCAACUUUUCACAGUGAUGUAUAGACAGUCUGAGUGCACAGAAGAAGAGGGAAUUGGCAUUGGGAAAUAUGUGUCAUCCUCCUGGGAAAGGGUGUCUUGGAAUGCCAGAAGGACACGAAGCUCAAUGAAGCAAUUUCAUCCAUUUGAUCUGAACAUCUUUUACUCAUUCCCACUUGACGCUUUUACAUCUGAUCCAUUUUAGUUGAUGACUUCCCACGCACUUGCUUACUUAUGUAUUUGUAGAUGUUGACACUUUUUUUUUUUCGAAUUACACGUUUCUCAACUAAUUUGGGCAUCUCUAUAGAAACUUUGUUUAUAAUCAGCUAUCUCAAAUAGCCAAAAUGUUGAAACAUCAACUUGAGGGAACUCAUGAAAAUCGAAAUGCCUUUCCAUCCUGAAUAGGUCAAAAUAUUCUUUGUUCUUAGUCCUGGUGCUAGUUCCUGAGAAUUUGAUAAUAUCCUUCUUAGAAGGUUUUUGAGUUCUUUACUGGGACUUCAUCUGAUACAUCACUUCUGGAGAAAAUAAGUAAAAAAAUAAAGCCACACAUUAAAUAAAUAAAUAAAUCGAUAAAAAAAAUAAGGGAAGAAAAAGAAAACAUAGGAAAUCAGUGGAAUGCAAAGUUAAACAUACUGAGUCCGGGUGUUUUAUGACCCCCAGCAUGUGUCCAACCAUCCACAUGGCAGUGUCAUACUUCCAGGAAGUCCUCCUGGAAAAGGAAAUUCUCCUGGAUUGGCCACUUCAUUGCCAAUUGGGAUGGGAAAUUUGAGCCCCAUUAAAAGCACUGUCAGGACUCUCAUCCAGAAUGAUUUAUGUGUUCCUUGAGGCGGUUCUGGCUCCAACUGUGUGAAAGUGCUUCUGGCUGAGGCAAUCCUUGAGUUGUCUGAGUGCAGCCCUAGAGGAGAGAAGGCAGCUUUGUGAUGGAUUUGGUCAAACAGUCAUUCUGAAAAGGAAGCGAUCAUCUCAGAGCACCAUAUAGUGGGAGAAGGGAAGCGCACUGCUCUGUGUGAAUCAGAAUUCAGAAGGUAGAUGGUCUUUUUUCUUUUAUUUCUCUCUCUCUUUUUUUUUCUUUUUCGGUUCUUUUGAAGAGCAGGUUUUACUCACUUCAGCUGGAGCAGACUGUUAUUAGUUUCUCGGCAGAGCUUUGUAAUGGAAAUGAGGAGAGACGCUAUCUGUUUCUUACAACCCGCCAUAAAAUACAUGGAAAGAGAGAAGUGUUUUAUAUGUAUGUAAACUGAGGAUCAGUUUUGAGAGUUGUGCCUUCUGCUUCAGAGCCCAAGCCAUGCUCCUUGAUGUCUGCUUUGAAAACCAGGGGUUUUAUCUGUCUAGUAGUCAAUUAUCUGAUGUUGUAAUGAGCUGGCUUUUUGGAACCUUGAAAAGCAGUUUCCUGGUAUCUGAAUCUCUUAACUGUUUCACACUUUGCCCUUCUGUUAUGCAGAACUUUGUUUUGUUGGAUAGAAACCCAGUGCAACUCUGGCAAAUUUAAUACGAGGAGACCUGCUGUAUUAUGACCGUCAGGUGAUCCCUGGUGCUUUUCUCUGCCCUCUUCACCUCACCAGCACGUCAUUUGUUUAGAAUGGCACAGAAGUUAGAAGAGGAAAUUGAAAGCAAACCUCAGUGAGCGCAGUUUUACUUGUCUUUGCAUUUACUACAAAAUAAGCCACUUUGGUACACCGUGAUAUGACAAAUUCUGUUUGUAAAUAGCCUUAAUGCAAAGUAUGAUAACUGAGGAUGAGAAGAUUUGAACUUUUAAAAUGUCAUGCUUGGUCCUUCUGACUUAUUAUUUACAAGCAAUUACACUUUUUCUCUUCGUGGCCCAGUAAUAUUAGAUCAAGGAUAACUCUGACAUUUUACAGGGGAAAAAAAUAUUUCCUCUGAUGUCUGAACAUUCUCAUUAGUAUAUUCUGUGCAUUUCCCAGAAUGAACAUCUUUGUGCUGUGGUGACGGGAAAUUUCACAAUGCUUCUGAUUGAUGAAAGAGGCAUAAGGAAUCUUUCAUCUCAGCAAAGAAUAAUAUUUCCCUUCUGUUAAGUGGAGCAUCACCACCAGUCUUUCCAUCAGUGAAGAUGAAUUCUUCUCAGUGUGAAUUCUUUGUGGAAAAUCUUAAAGCAGGAGGAGUCAUGUUUAAAUGGCACGCACUGGAGGUUUUGCAGAAAAAAAAUAUCUCUCCCCUAAUGUGAAAAAAAAUUCAAAGAAAGGAAAAUUGUAACGUCAUAGAAACCGAAGUACUGCACAAGUGAGAAGAGCAUAAACACUUGAAAACACUGUGUAUAUUAUAUAGGAAAAUAGUAUGUUCUGUAAGGGAGUCGCUGCUUAAUGUGCAGAGUAUACAAAAAAAAAAUACAGUUUCAUAUGAAUACAGACUCUAAAAUUCUCUCAUUGCUGCAAAAUUAAAUCUUUGGACUAAUUGCAGAUACGUAUUUACUUUCUAUGAACAAGAAAUGUACUGAAUACAGUAUUUCCAGAGUGCUAUAUGUAGAAAGUCCUCUACAUAUUUAAAGCUUGUAUUUCCUUGCAAUAAAUUAUUCAGACACAUUCCAUACUCUGUGGGACUUAACUCCUCCAAUCUCAAGGCAAGAGUGAUGAUUAUUACAAGUUCUAAUAAGAGCCAAGAGGCUGGAAUCAUAGGACAGAAAUUAACAUUCUUAGAAGAAGCCUCUGAAUUGUGUUUAGUGAUAUGAAUAUGAUAACUCAGGCAUAUUAUGAUUUAUGCAUUUUUAAAAGCAUCCUUCAAAAUGUGGUAAAAAAUUUUGGUCAGCCUUCUGUCAAAAUCAUGUACAAAUCGAAAGUGAAGAUUAUUGAUCGUCAUUCACAUAUCAUGGAGAUUAUGCUCUGCAUUUCUUCUUCAAACUGUUUCCUGACUUUCUUGGAAAUUAGACCAAUAAAAUACUGAUACUGCUUGGCACGUGA